UACCCCGCCCCCUUAGGCAGCUCUUCGCCCUCACCGUCUCUUUCGCGGGAAGCUGGCUGGGCGAGAGGGCGCUGGUGCGGGGGACUUGAUUGUUUUGGGAAGAGGCGAGGAGUGGAGCUCGCUGCCUGGACGUGAGCGAUCGGCGGCGGCGCUAUCAAUAUCAGUACCGAUAACAGUCAUAAUAAUAAUAAUAAUUCUAGCAGCGGCGGUGGACUUGGCUUGAUCUGGGCAAGGAGGAAGGAGUCGCUGCCCCAGGCAUGAGGUUGUCCGGGCCCCACGCCGCCGCUGCCGCCCCCAGAAGCCGCCGAUCCUCUGCGGGAACCCGGUAGUCCCCUCCACCCCACCCCGCUCCGCCCCAGCUCUUGGGGGGCUUCCUCUGGAUGCGGCUGCGCCUGGGCGCUGCCCGCUCCGUCCGGCUGCCGCCAGCCCCGCCGAGUUUUGGAUGAUGACGAUGAACUCUCUGGCCGAGAGCUUGCUGGGCCCUCCGGACCCGUCCAAGGCGUCCUUCCUGGACUUCGGGCUCGGCCCCCCACCUCCCUCUCCGCCUCUCCAUCACCAGCAACAGCAGCAGCAGCAACCCGGCUUGGCGCCCCCUUACUCUCUGCAAGCGCUGCAGCCGCCGCCGCACGACGGUGGUGGGGGCGGCGCCUUCCCCCCCGGCGCAGCCUCGUACGGCAGACCCCUGGCUUACGCCCCCUAUCCCGGGGCAGCCGGCAGCAGCCCCCACCACGCUUUCUACCACCACCACCAUCACCACCACGGCGCCUCGUACUCGCCUUACCAGCAGACCUCCAGCGCCCUGGGACACGGGACGAGGCUGGAGGAGACGGACCUUGAGAAAUCGACCAUCAUUGAGAACGGCGAAAUCCGUAUCAACGGCAAAGGCAAGAAGAUCCGCAAGCCACGCACGAUCUACUCGAGUCUCCAGCUCCAGGCCCUCAACCAGCGCUUCCAGCAAACCCAGUACCUGGCGUUACCCGAGCGAGCAGAACUAGCAGCGCAGCUGGGCUUGACCCAAACCCAGGUGAGAUGUUGCAAAUGUCCUUUGGUUCACUUAUCUGUAACAUAACUUCCCCCACCCCCA